AGCAGACAUACGAGAGAAAAUCAGAGGAUUACAGCUUGACUCCCUUACUCCAUAUCUCACGCGUCACACCUUUCCUUCACAGCUCGAAAAACCCAACCUCCCUUUCAUUAACAACCGUAACCAAACAGCCCACCUUCUCCUCUCCCGCGCCCACCCCCACCCCCACCCCCACCCCCACCCCUCUCUUCUAUAAAAUCCGAUACUCAGCGACUAUCUCUCUUUGUCUCCGUCUCUCUCUCUCUGUCCUCGCUCUCCAUUCAUGUGGCGAUCGUGGGUGAGCUCGUCGGGUGGGGUCCAAACCGCACCAGCUUCAUAUAAGAACUUCACUUGUUCAUCGUUCAAAGACAUUCAAAGCCUCUGUAAAGAGGAAAAUCACUGUUCUUCCAAUCUCAAGAGACCCUCCAUUUUCCACCGGGUUCGGGUUGUGACCUCGGUCCUGCGAAACUGGUCCUCAACCCAAACCAACCCGGAACCGAAUCCGAAACCGGAGCCUGCGCCGCCGCAGCCGUGUGUGUCUCUUACCGGCGGCGACCAGAGCGUGGUGGUUUACUUCACGAGCCUACGCGUGGUGCGCAAGACCUUCGAGGACUGCAGCACCGUGCGAUCGAUCUUGCGGGGGUUUCGGGUGAAGGUCGAUGAGCGAGAUCUGUCUAUGGACGCUGGGUUUUUGGACGAGUUGAAGGGGAUUUUGGGGAGGAAGAAGCUGAGUUUGCCUAGGGUUUUCAUUGGUGGCAGGUACGUGGGCGGAGCGGAAGAGAUCAGGCAGUUGCACGAGACGGGCGAGCUGAAGAAGCUGCUCGGAGGGUUCCCCGUGGCUGCCGGCGUAUGCGACGAGUGCGGAGGGUAUAGGUUCAUGCUCUGUGAGAACUGCGAUGGAAGCCGUAAGGUGUAUAGUGAGAAGACUGGUUUCAGGAUCUGCACGGCGUGCAACGAGAACGGUCUGAUCAGGUGCCCUUCUUGUUCGUAUGUACACCUCUGAUACACCAAAUCAUAACCCCCAAAAACCUAAAAAAUUAUUUUUCUUUUCUUUUUAUUAGUUUAGCAGUGUAUUUGACAAGAGAAGAAGGGAGAAGGAAAAAAAAUUCCAAAUCCCUUGUAAUUUUUAUUUCUAAAAUUUCAUUAUUGGGUGAAAUUUAUUCGGUACAGGCCAAUUGCCACAGAAAAUGAAUAUGGUGAAAGGCCAAAAUAUUUUCUAAACUGCAAUUAUAGAAAUUGUCUUAUUUCAA